GCAACACUGGCUUCGUCGCUCGCGCGCAUUUGCUAGCAAAUGUCAAAGUUGUUUAUUGUUAGGUUAUUUUUUUUUUAUAGAAAUGAAUAAAAUAAAAAUGUUUAGAGCGUGAAUAUUUAAAAUAAAAAGUUCAAAAUCUUAGUUUUAAUUCGCUGCAAUCGAACCUGUGUCCGGCGUUGAUACUGCGGUGCAAAAAGACCUACUGGAUUUUAGCUGUCAAAAAGUACGCGAAUAUUUGUUGCGUAGGAUUUAUGCAUAAUGUUCUCGCACAAUGUAUGACGAUGAUAACAUUACCUCUACUCCUAAGCGAUGCGCGCUAACAGAGGUUACGAAUGCUUCAAGUUACGUCUCCCCGACUGCUAACCUCAAGUUGUUGACCAAUGUUGCCUUGCAGUACCCCACGCCGCCACCUAGUACGGCGCAUCGCAAGGAGAAAUCUUUGCAAAUAUUAUGUGACAAAUUUCUCAAUCUCUACCCACUUCAUGGAAAUGGCACUGUGGAAAUACAGUUGGAUAGCACAGCAGCCCGGCUAGGUGUGGAAAAACGGAGAAUGUAUGACAUAAUAAAUAUUCUGGAAGCCAUGCAAUGUGCAGUGCACAAGAGGAAAAACACUUAUCUUUGGCAUGGAGGAACACGCCUCAACUCAUUCUUGAAGAUGUUAAAAAGGCAGGGAGAAAAUCUGAGGUUGUCGGAGGCUCUCAGAGGCAAAGCUCCUAAGCCGCCAGCUCCUAAACAUAAGACUCUUGGAGUUUUAGCACAACGGUUUUUGAUGCUUUUCUUAGUCGAACCACCUAAUACCCUUAUUAACUUGGAGAUGGCUGUUGGUGUACUCAUUGACACUUCAAGUAAAAGCAAAUCAACCCUGUCGCCUGAGCAGCUGGACCGCCAACACAAGUCUAAAGUGAGGAGGCUCUAUGAUAUCGCUAAUGUCUUAAUUUCAAUUGGUCUCAUAGAAAAGGUAUCCGGUAAUUUAAUAUUAAAGAAACCAGUAUUUAAAUAUGUUGGGCCAUAUAAAAUUAAAAAGUCUGAGAAAAUAAUUGUGUACACACCAUCACCAUUAACUCCAUUGUCAGUAUUACACACGCAGCAACUGCUGACUCCUUGUCAAGUGUAUGCUGGCAAGUCAAAACGGAAGUUAGAGUUCACAACACCAAACACUAGUAGCACUGAACGGCUCGGUGUAACUACUCCUCCACACACUCCAUCACACAAGUGGGAUGAAAUUUUGCUGGUGGCAGACAUGGAACUGACUAGAAUUAACAAUGGAAUCACAUUGUAAUUAUUUAUAACUGUGGAUAAUAUUUUUUAGUGACAGUUAGUAUAUCCUACUACUAAUAAAUAAUAGAAGUACAUAAAUUAAUAUGAUAUGAAAAGCAUGACAAACAAAAAACAUUGGGAAACUAAUAAUAUAAUGUUGAUUUCUUAUAAGAAUGAAGAGUAGGUAAUAGUUUAAAGAUUAUCUUUAAAGUAUAACUGAUAAGCUAACUGCUACAGUUUUGUUUAUGAAAUAUGCUUGCCAUUUAUGUGUAUUCAUUGGCAAACAUGAUUGAGUCUGUCUAUGUGAAUUCACUGACUUGACUGAACAUUAUUUAAGUUAAAAAUAUUGGCAAACAUACUUGUCUUCCAGUGGAUAUAUAAGAAACAAGUGCAGAAAGUUAAAUAUGGUUACAUUGUAAUUUUAUUUUAUUGUAUUGUUGCUGAGAACAGAAGUUUAUUUUUGUCACAGACAUCUUUGUGCAAUUAAUCUUUAAUGUAUAUAAUCCAAAAAUCUUUAAAAUUAUUUUGUUACAAAGACAACAUAUUAUAAUAUUAUAGUAUAAAAGUUAUGUACAAGAAGUCUACAGAUAUAUACAUUUUUAAAAAUUUGAUCAAAUAAUAUUAUAAGUAGGGCUAUGUUAAACUAAUUAAAAAAUAUAUAUUAAAUGUUAUUUUUCAUGCCCAUUUGUAAUAUGUAUAAAUUAGGUAACAAGAUUUUUUAUUAAGUUAUGAAAAAAUUACAAAUCAUUUUCCUGGUAGCCCUAUAUCUAGCAUGUAAAUUUAUUUGUAAACCAAUAUUAAUACAAACAUUACAAUAAUAAAGCAUUGUUAUGUUAACUUCAAACUUCGUUUUUGUAAUUUUAUCUUUUUUAAAAGUGUUUAUAUUAAUGUUUGGACUAAAGAAUGAAAAUGUAUGCAUUUAUAACUUUCAUCUUUAAUAGGUAGUUAUUACAAUGAAUUUUAUAACAAAGUUGCUUUUAUUUUAUAUUUGUUCUAAGUUAUAUGUAAUAAAUAAAUAAUGAAUUAUA